ACAGCAGUUUAUGCCCACACACCUGUCUACAGUGUCAUUCAAUAAAGUGCACGUGCUUGUGAUGAUGCUGUGACUUCACCUGGAGUGGGGGCCCUGCUGAGGGGUCCCAGCCUAGUCCUGAGACAGCCCAGUGGUCAGCCCCUGCACAGCCGUAUCCCUCCUCUGUGAAGCUCUCCGGGGAGCAGGGAUGUGCUCAGAAUUUGCCGGUUUCCGCCUCCUGCUGUGGGCAGCAGCUGGACCAGACAGUGGGGUGCGCGUUUCUCUGACACCAAGCACCAGUCUGAGUGUGGAAGAGACGGCGCUGGAACCCAUGGACACGGCAUAUCCCCGCGAGGACCCCCGGGCCCCCACGCCCAGCAAGGCCGGUGCCCACACAGCCCUCACACUGGGGGCCCCGCAUCCCCCGCCUCGAGACCACCUGAUCUGGUCGGUGUUCAGCACCCUCUACCUGAACCUGUGUUGCCUCGGCUUCCUGGCACUUGCCUACUCCAUCAAGGCCCGAGAUCGGAAGGUGGUUGGUGACCUGGAAGCGGCCCGGCGUUUUGGCUCCAAAGCCAAGUGCUACAACAUCCUGGCCGCGAUGUGGACGCUGGUGCCGCCACUGCUGCUCCUGGGGCUGGUUGUGACUGGUGCCCUGCACCUGGCCCGGCUGGCCAAGGACUCUGCCGCCUUCUUCAGCACCAAGUUCGACGAUGCGGAGUAUGACUGACGGGCUGUGUCCUGAUCUGAGGCACCAGCCCCAGGACACUGACCCCAGGCUGCUGCCCCUGGGGGUUCAAUACUGACUCCCCGGAGACUGGCCCUCCUUCUGUGGGGCCUCCAUCCCUGCCCUAUCCUGACCCUGGGGCCCUCCAGCCCCAACAUGGGCACCUAAGGCUGAACCAGUCAGACCCCAGUGUCCUCACCCUAACCUGAGGGUUCCCGGGCCCUAACUGUACCCCCAAUCGUGCCCCUCCCUCCUCACACUCUAGGCCCCUCGGUUCCACAAUUAAAAGUUUCUGGUUCCAGAAA